AAAGAUUCUAUUCAUAAUGAUAAACAAACUAUCGUUAUUACAGACAGUCCUGUUAUUACUAAUGCAGCUGACAGUACUAUAAUGACUACGACAUCUACAACGACUACUAAUACAAUUAACUAUAAUUCAACAGAUAACGAAAUUUGGAGUACGAUUGCACAACAGCAAGAUGCUUCUUUACAAGUUUUACAACAUUCAAUUCAAAUGAACGAAUUAAAUAACGAAGACCAAACAAAAAAUAAUACUAUUGCUCAAUCCAUUAAUUCAACUAAAAUACAGUCACCAAGUCAAAUUGGAAAGACAAUGACAAAUGGAAAAGAAGAAAAACCUCGUGUAGGUUCAGAGGAGUGGCAUAGAUUACGUCGUGAAAAUCAUAAACAAGUAGAGCGUAGAAGAAGAGAAACGAUUAAUGAUGGUAUUAAUGAGAUUGCACGAAUAGUACCUGGAUGCGAAAAGAAUAAGGGCUCUAUUCUUCAACGUGCAGCAGCAUAUAUUCGACAAUUAAAAGAAUCUGAGGCUUCCACUUUAGAGAAAUGGACACUUGAAAAAUUAUUAACAGAUCAAGCUAUAAAUGAAUUAAAUAGACAAGUAGAGGUAUUAAAAGCAGAAUUGGAUCGAGUUCGUACAGAGAAUACAUAUUUAAAAAGAGAAUUAGAAAAUAGUCAGCAACAAUCUCCAGAUCCUAAGCGACAAAAGGUAGUGGAGUCUAAUGAAUGAUAGCCUACAAUGUAUUCUCAUAUUUUAAGUUACCCUUACUACCAUUUUAAUAAUGACAUGCUAAAAGCAGGAUUUAAUAAAAAAACAAACCCCCCAAUUGUAUAAUAGGUAUUUUGUUCGGUUCUUGAAAAAAAAAAUAAGCAAAUUUGUAUGUGUUAUAUAUCUAAGAUACAUAA